AAGAUCUCGAUCGGAGAUCUUGGAGACCCUUUGUUAAAUGUUAAAUUAAAAAAAAACAACAAAAAUAAAAUUAAUAAAAUCAACAAAUGGCGCACACCGGCGGCACGAAUAUGCAAGAACGAUUGCAACAACUACAGCAGCUACACAAAAUCUGCCUGCAGGAGCUAUUCCAAUUGCAAACGAAUGUGGAACAAUACCUGCAAUCAAGUACAAACAUGGUCAGAAUGGUGGAGAACCAUUGGUCCGAGGUGGAGCGGGGUGGUGGCUUGGCUUUAAUGAUCUACGACAAUUUCCUAACCAGUAUAACAAAUGUCAUGAACCUGGCAAGGAAAUUUAAUCUACAACUGCAACUAAAUCAAAGUGAAGAUAAAACUCAAAUUUUGGAAAUGUUUGGAAUUAAGGCUGGCGAAGAGAGCAGCAAUACUAAGACUGUAAAGGACAACAAGGACACAAACACUGAGAACAAAGAACUGAAACGGAUAGACUUCAUACAAAAUUACAAUAAAUCCCUAUAUCCAGCCGAAGAGAUGCCGUGCACUGCCAACGAAGAUCGUAACGAUAUGGGAUUUAUUUAUCCCAAACAAAAUUUAAACGAAAUCUAUACCAUUGGUGAUAAGAUAAAAGGAUUUAUUACCUAUCUAAAAGAUGUGAAUAAUUUGGAAUUUAAUAUUAUUGAUUUCCAAUCAAAAUAUGUGGGCAUUAUCAAUGAAGUGGCUCAUUCCUUGGAUUUGAGACAAUACCAUAGCCUACCGCCCGUCAAUGAGGUGUUCGGUUUAGUUCUGGACAAACGUAUACUGAGAGCAGUGCGUUCCACUACUAUUCUAUAUGAUCAGGAAUUGGAGGAGCAGGUGUAUCCUUGUUAUCUGCUAGAUUUUGGGGAAAUUGAGCACAUGAAAAUGGAUGAUAUUAAAUAUAGGCUAAGCGAAGAGCAGCAACAUAUACCGGCCUUGGGUAUACUGUGUAGAGUACAUUUGCAAUCCCAAGAUAAUGCUGCAGCAGAGAAGCUUAAAGAAAUGGAGUAUAAGCAAUGUGAUUUGAAGAUUAAUGAAAUUAAAAACGACCUACUUGUGGUGGAAUUUGCAAACGAUGAUGAUGAUGAUGAUCUGAAAACAACAAUAACACACACCACUGAUCGAGUUCAAGAUUUAAAAAUUGACACAAACCCCUUUCGCCAAACAAAUCCAAUGCAAACGAAAGAGCUAACAAGAGAGGAGUUGGAAAUUCUCUACGACGAUCCCUUACUUUGUACCAGCAAUGCAUUGACCGCUGUAAUGGGCUACAAUCCCAAAGAUGAAAAACGUCUAUGUCGUUUCUAUGAUCCCAAAACGGGUGCAUGUUUUAAGGGAUCCAGCUGUAAACAAGACCACGAACCCUUAGAUCCCGAAGGUUGGACCAAAGAUAUAAUACCUGCCACUUCCUUUGUCGAUAACCGCACACCGACUGUGGUAUAUCCCAAAGAUGCCAUUAUUAACAUAACGCCCACCCAUAUAGGACAAAUAUGUUCAUUUUAUGCCCAAAUCAAUGAUGUGCAUCAUAACAAUAGCCCCCUCAUAUGGAAUGAUGAAGAUAUUCCGGCAUGGAAACGCCUCGAAAAGCCACCACAUAUCUAUGAAUUGGUAUUGGCACGCUAUGAUGAUGGUAACUGGUACAGAGCCAAAAUCGUAUCGCAUGAUGACGAUUAUAAAAUGUUUAAAGUCUUCUAUGUGGACUAUGGCAAUCAUCAGCUGGUACAUUUAAGAUAUUUAGCCAAAUGUGAUUCCGGAAUGGCUCAAAUACCUUUCCAGGCCAUACUUUGCCGUUUAGCUAAUUUGCGAGAAGUUCAAGUGGCACCGCAAGAGAAAAAGCAUGCCAUUGAAAAAUUGUGUGCAGUUCUGCUGAAUCAAAACUUAGAUGUUAAAGUUGUUAGCCAUCAUGAAGAUUUAAUUAUCACCUUUGUGGAUGAAAGUCAUCUGCGUUUAUUGGAUAACCUAAUGAUUGAGGGUUAUGUAAUUUCCCAUUAGAAAAAUAUGGAAUGUAGAGUAACUCAAUUUAUUAUUUUAUUUUUAAUUUUAGCUCUCGACUGAUUUCGAUAAUUUGUUCAAAAAUGAAUUAUUCUUUUAUUUAGUUAAAACUAUUUUUGAAAUAUGUAUUUAUGUUUUUAAAAUGUAGUUUAUUUUAUAUCAAAUAAGCACUGCCUUUAAUAUAAUAACAAAUUUUAAUAUAAAAUGUGGAUUUCAUUUUCUAUGUCCCGUUGUGAGAAGUCUAUCUAUAUGGGCCGCUGGGAAAGAGAAAUACGUUUAGACUACCUUAGUAAUGGAGUGUUAUAUUCCAUGAGUAAUUUUAUGAAAUUAUUAAUUUUAUGG